AUGAAGUCCUCCAUUCUGCUCGUGGGUCUGGCGGCUGUCAGUAGCUUAGCUGCACCCACCCAACAUUAUGAGCUGCAUGAGCGCCGUGAUUUCAUUCCAAGCACUUGGAUGGAAGGCAAGAAGCUCGACGGCAAAGUCUCCCUCCCUGUACGGAUCGGUUUGACGCAGUCUAACCUUGACUACGGCCAUGAGCUACUCAUGGAUUUAUCGAACCCAUUCUCGAGCCGCUAUGGACAGCAUCUUUCUAGCGAAGAGGUGCAUGACCUCUUUGCCCCGGCCCAGAAAAGCGUGGAUGAUGUGCGUUCCUGGUUGGAGUCGGCUGGUAUCGCUAAAGAUCGCAUAACCCAGUCAGUCAAUAAGCAAUGGAUUCAGUUUGAUGCGGAUGCCGAGGAGUUGGAGAAGCUGCUGCACACGAAGUAUUACGUCUAUUCUCAUUCCGAAACGGGCCGUUCACAUGUGGCGUGUCGCGAAUAUCAUGUCCCAAGCUCUGUGCGUGAGCAUGUUGACUACAUCACUCCAGGGAUCGCUCUGCGGGAGGUGACCGGUGUUCGAAAACCGACCAAUUCGCUCCAGAAACGGUUCUCGAACGGACAGCCCCCUGCUCUUGAGCCAAUACUCCUGCCAGUGGAGGAACUCCUGGCCAAUAUUGCGGGCUUUUGCUCCAUCGCUGUUACCCCCCAAUGCAUCCAGGAAAUGUACAACAUCAGCCAGGGAACUUCUGCCACAAAGGGCAAUGAACUGGGUAUCUUUGAGGGAAUUGGGGACGUCUACGCUCAAGAAGAUCUUGACUUGUUCUUCUCGACGUUGUACUCGAAAAUCCCCACCGGCACACACCCGACUCUCAAAGCAGUCGAUGGUGCCCAGGCUCCUACAUCUCUUGUCAAUGCUGGGGCUGAGUCUGAUCUGGAUUUCCAGAUCUCCUAUCCGAUUAUCUGGCCGCAGAACUCUAUUCUAUUUCAAACUGAUGAUAUGGUUUAUGAGAAUUCCUACACAUUCAAUGGAUUUUUGAAUACCUUUUUGGAUGCUAUUGAUGGAUCAUACUGCAGCGAAAUCUCGCCAUUGGAUCCUGCAUACCCCGACCCGCAAGACGGCGGUUACAAGGGCUCCCUGCAGUGUGGCGUGUACGACCCGCCCAAGGUCGUGUCAAUUUCAUACGGCUCUGCUGAAGCAGAUCUCCCCAUUUCCUACCAACGGCGACAAUGUGCCGAGUUCAUGAAGCUGGGUACCAUGGGUGUCUCGGUAGUGGUCGCCUCGGGUGACUCAGGUGUGGCUGGACGUGGAGGUGAUCCCACUCCCAGUAAUUGUCUUGGUCCCCAGGGCAAGAUCUUCGCUCCCGAUUUCCCCGCCUCAUGCCCUUACUUAACAGCAGUUGGAGCAACCAUCAUCCCAUUGGGUGCAUCGCCCGAAGAUCAUACAGAGGAGGCUGUGACCAGUUUCCCGUCGGGCGGUGGUUUCAGCAACAUCUAUAAGGCGCCGGAUUACCAGGCGCAGGCCGUUGCCGACUACUUUGCAAAGGCCAAGCCCUCAUAUCCCUACUAUGAAAGCGUGGAUAACAGCAGCUUUGGUGCCAAUGGAGGAGUUUACAACAGGAUCGGUCGUGGAUAUCCAGAUGUGGCUGCCAUUGGGGACAAGGUCGUCAUCUACAACCGAGGUCUGCCUACCUCGAUUGGUGGCACAUCUGCCUCUGCACCUGUAUUCGCUUCGAUCCUCACUCGCAUCAAUGAGGAGCGAUUAGCCGCUGGAAAAUCUACCGUCGGCUUCGUCAACCCGGUCUUGUACGCGCACCCGGAAGCAUUCUUCGACGUAACCAAAGGUUCAAACGCUGGUUGCGGUACCGAUGGCUUCUCCGCGGCUGAAGGAUGGGAUCCGGUAACUGGACUGGGUACACCGAACUAUCCUGCUCUUCUUGAUGUCUUUAUGAAACAGUAG